AAACUGUAAUCUCAUUUCUUUAUUUCUUGUCAGCCGCGGUAGUGUUAAUUCAAAGGCUAAUUAUGUUAGCACUUCAAGAGCAGCUUCCAAAUCAACUAACAAAUCAAACAGGGAAGUAGACGCCAUAACCACUUCAAUAUGUCUCCAGAACUCAUUUUGAUUAAAAGACCCCAACUUUUCCUCCUCCACUAGAGAACUUAAGAUCACAGCCUGGUGGGAAGUCCAAGUUUGAGGUUUGAAAGCUGAAGAAUUUGAAGUUGGGUGGUGAUGGAAUGAUUGUGGUAAAAUUUGGCUCAAAUGGGUUUGGGAUUCUUCUGCUGGCUAAAUAUAGACAAAACCAGAACAGGCGGAUAGAAGAAGAGAAAACAGAUGGUGAUGUUUGCCAAAGUUCCACAUCCAAAUCUGGGAGAAAGAUCCAACAUUCCUUGAAAAAAAUCAACCAAUGUGAUUUAAAAUUCUAAUACCAGGACAAUGAUUGCAGCUGCCUAAAAGUUGGGUGGUCCUUAUGUUUUACAGGAACCCAACAGAACUUCCACUGUCAAACCAUUUGAAUUGUGAUGCGCCAGAUUGAAUAGACAAGAACAAGUGGUAGGGAGCUGAAGGAAUGAGGCAAAUAUCGUUGAUGUUAGUCUCAUUGUAUUGAAUUAUCCAUUCAUGGUAUUAUUGCUAGCAUCUUUGGGAGAAGGAAGCUGAAAAAUGGGGGUGGAUGGUGGAGACGAGCAAAUGCAAGGGCCAACAGGCCGUGAGGAGAGAAUUUUUGUUUCAGUUCGUUUGCGCCCUCUCAAUGAGAGGGAAAUUGCUAGGCGUGAUGUAUCAGACUGGGAAUGCAUCAGUGAUAACACCAUCAUAUACAGGAACAGCCUUUCGGUUUCUGAGAGAUCCAUGUACCCAACUGCUUAUACAUUUGACAGAGUUUUUAGCUCUGAUUGCCCCAAUAGGCAAGUGUAUGAAGCAGGAGCCAAGGAAGUUGCUCUUUCAGUUGUCAGUGGUAUAAACUCAAGUGUUUUUGCUUAUGGACAAACAAGCAGCGGAAAGACAUAUACGAUGAUUGGAAUUACUGAGUAUGCCAUGGCAGAUAUAUAUGACUACAUACAGAGGCACAAGGAAAGAGAGUUUAUCCUGAAGUUUUCUGCUAUGGAGAUUUACAAUGAAUCUGUCAGGGACCUCCUCAGUGCAGACAGCACUCCCCUUAGGCUUCUAGAUGAUCCAGAAAGAGGGACAGUUGUUGAGAGACUCACAGAAGAAACUCUGCAGGACUGGAAUCAUUUUAAGGUGCUUCUAUCUGUGUGUGAAGCUCAAAGACAAAUAGGAGAGACUUCUCUGAAUGAGACAAGCUCUAGAUCCCAUCAAAUUUUGAGACUGACAAUAGAAAGUUCUGCACGUGAAUUUUUCGGCAAUGACAAAUCAAGCACCCUUGCAGCCACUGUGAAUUUUGUUGAUCUGGCAGGAAGUGAGCGUGCAUCUCAGACAUUAUCAGCUGGGGCAAGGUUGAAAGAAGGUUGCCAUAUAAAUCGCAGUUUAUUAACACUAGGAACUGUUAUCCGUAAGCUGAGCAAGGGAAGAAGUGGACACAUUCCUUUCAGAGAUUCAAAGCUGACGCGUAUACUUCAGUCUUCCAUAGGAGGCAAUGCUAGAACUGCUAUCAUUUGUACAAUGAGUCCAGCACGAACCCAUGUUGAACAAUCAAGAAACACCCUCUUGUUUGCAUGUUGUGCUAAAGAAGUGACUACCAAUGCGCAAGUCAAUGUGGUCAUGUCUGAUAAAGCAUUAGUGAAGCAAUUGCAAAGAGAAUUGGCUAGAUUAGAGAACGAGUUGAGAAGUGCAGGAACAAUGUCUGUUUCAUCUGAUUUAGCCGCAUUGCUGAGAGAGAAAGACCUUGAGAUUGAAAAGCUUAAGAAAGAGGUAGUAUUACUUACUCAGCAAAGAGACCUUGCUCAGUCUGAGGUUGAGGAUCUGCGACAAGUAGUUAACGAUGAAAGCCCUGUGGAUGAAAGACCAGUGAAAAUCUGGGCAGAUUCAGAUCAUCAGUACCCUAAACUGCGAGUGCGGAAUUCAUGGGACUUUGAACAUUCAAUCACCGAGACACCUGUUUUGGCUGUUGGUGUUAGAUCCUUCACCCCAUCAGAUAGACAAAGCUGCAGUUCUGAAGAGAGCUUCCUCCAGCUUCCCGACUUCAAAAUGAAUAUUCAGCAUCCCAGUUCCUCUCCUCAGCUGUCACCUAAAAUUCCUAGUUUUGUUGGGAAUAAUCUAUGCCAGGAGGAGAAUGGAGAACAUGCUUAUGAAAAUUCAGAGGCACUUUGCAAGGAAGUUCGUUGCAUUGACUCAGGAAGGUCAAGUAUGAAUAGAUAUUCAGACUCAAAUUUCUCAGAGUCUAGCCCAAAGAUUUAUCAAAAUUAUAAUAUGUCAUCUCCAAGGGAAAACACAGCUAUAUCAGGACUGAUGGAUGUUGGCAAUGAAGAUAUAUCAAAGCGAGAAUCCUGGUCACUCCAGUUGAAAAACAAUAGCAACCAUCCAGAAAUUGCUAUUCCAUCUCCUGAAAAACCAUAUUUAUGGCAGCUGAAAGAAGAAAUAUCUAGCUGUAGAAGUUUGAAAUUAACUAGGAGUAGAAGUUGUAAAGCGAGUCUAAUGACUGGUUUGACCUCCCAGUGGAUUGAGGGGGUAGAAAAGGAUGAGAGCACACCUCCAAUUGGGAAUGAGAAAGAUUUCACUGGAAGACCAGAGAGUUUCCAGAGAAAACUUUCUGUAUUGAAGUAUGAUCUUCAGAACCAGGGGUUGUCUAGAAAUGGAUCUCAAAGUUCCUCAACAAGUGCUACUGUUUAUGAGCUUAAAGGCCAGAUAUCAAGAAAUGGAUCGCAAAGUUACUUGAAAAGUGCUGCUGCUGUUGAGCUUAACACACAGAAUGUUUCAACUCCAGAUGAUCAGAAUAAUACUGGUUUCUGUACUUCAAUUGAAGGAACAGAAGAAAUAUCUAAUCUUCAGUCUGAGAAGCAACUUGCUGAUUGUGCGGUACAGGUGACGGAGCCCAUUUUACAUGUCAAGACUGUUAAAGACGUUGGCUUGGACCCCAUACCAGAUCAUUUGGGAAGCCCUUCAGCAUGGCCUUUAGAAUUUAAGAGGCUUCAAGGAGAGAUCAUUGAACUUUGGCAUGCCUGCAAUGUCUCAUUGGUGCACAGGACCUACUUCUUUCUGCUAUUUACCGGAGAUCCAAAAGAUUACAUAUACAUGGAGGUGGAACAUAGGAGGCUGUCCUUCCUCCAGAAUGUAUUUGCCCAUGGUAAUCAAACGGUGGAAGCUGGACGAGUACUUACCCCUGCUUCAAGCUUGAAGGCUCUACGUCGUGAAAGGCAUAUGCUGAGCCAGCGGAUGCGCAAGAGACUCUCCAAAGCAGAAAGAGAGAACCUCUUCCUUAAAUGGGGUGUCGGGUUGCACACGAAACAUAGGAGGCUGCAGGUGGCUUAUAGCUUGUGGGUUGACACUAAAGACAUGAACCAUAUUGCUGAGAGUGCUGCCAUUGUGGCUAAGCUGGUUGGCUUUGUAGACCCAGAGAAGACUUUUAAGGAAAUGUUCGGGCUCAACUUCACACCAGGACAAGGCACGCACAGGAGACACUAUAGCUUCAAACGCAGCGUAAUGUCCAUCUUAUAGGUGUUUAUCGUACCGUACCAAAAAGAUGCCCCUGUUAUCCCCACAGUUUUAACUUCAUGUCCACACAUGUAUCUUGUAUUGUUUACAGAUAUUAAUUUUGAUUUUGAAAUUUUAUGUUUCUGAUUUUAGUUUAAGGUAAGAGUAUGUAAAUCAUCUCAGGCUCGAAAUGACCAUGUACAAUAUUUUUCUUUGUUGUUUUGGUUUUGGAUAUGGACAAGCGAGCUCGAAAACAGGAGGGAAAUGACAGUAUUACCUCUGCAAUUUCUAUCAACCUCUAAACAACCACCAUGUGUCACUGUAAUCAUCUCUCCUUUAAAACUGUUCAUGCAUCGAGUUAUCUAUCCAGGACCGUGAGCUCGGCCCUACUUGAGUUUAUCACAUUUUUGUAAAGUGUUGAACAAUCGCUAGAUGUAUGAGUUUGAAAUAAGAUUCUCAUGUGUGC